UUCGGCCAAAUAUAAACCAAAUCAGCUGGCAAUGUCGAGCAGAGUUCUGUAAAGUGUGACAAUGGUUUGGACCAGACCUUCACAACCAGCUGUUCCCGUCGUUUGGCAUACCUUUGAGGCUAAAGAUGGGGACGAUAGUGAGGGACGUGUGGUAACGUAUCGUGUUCAGGAUUUGACAGAAGACCGGUAUGAAGAUAUGAUCGAGCAUUUCAUGAAUCACUUCGUGGAGGAGGAACCGAUGAGUGUAAGUAUGGGAACCACGAAGGAUCCGCAAAUGCGCACUGGAAGUAGCCACAUGUGGAGAGCAGUUUUAAAGGAGCAAAUGACCCUCGUUUGCUAUAAGGAUGGAUCGGAUGAGAUUAUCGGCGCGAAUAUUCUUGCUGUGAGGGAUAACGGGAAUUAUUUAGACACUCAGUUGGAUUCUAAAAACCAAAGCAAAGCACUGAACGUCAUCCAUUAUUGUUCGAAGCAAUUUGAUUACACGGAGCAUUAUGGCGUUAAACUUCGCUUGGUUGCGUACGGCUUAGCCGUCAACAAACGCUACCGAGGGAGAGGAAUCGCGACGGAAAUUCUGAAAGCUCGUGUUCCAAUGUGUAAAGCUCUCGGGAUACAACUUGCCGCGCAUCCGUUUUCGGCCAUCGGAUCGCAGAAAGCCGCAACCAAUGCCGGUUACCGGACGGACUACGAAAUCACAUAUGAUGAUCUUGCUAAAAUGGGACCAGAUUAUACGAUGCCUAAUAUUCAAUCCAAAAGUUUUAAGUUAAUGAGCUUUGCAAUUGAAUAAAUGAUUAAAUAGUA